AUGAAAAAUCUUGGUUCCAUCUACAGACUGUUACUGACCUUUUCAUGUGAGAAAGCAUUUUGCGCUUGCAUUGUUUCUAGGUUGGUUGAUAAAAUUAAUAAUUCUAUUGGUCAAGACCCUGAAUCAAAAUCCUUAACUAGUGUGCUGGAUAUUUAUGGCUUUGAGAGUUUCAAGCUAACAGAAGGCUUUUUUGAGCAAUUUUGUAUUAAUUUGACCAAUGAAAAGCUUCAGCAACAUUUUAAUCAGAAACCUGGUGGCAUUAUCGCUCUUCCGGAUGAAGCUUGUAUGUUUCCUAGAUCUACACAUGAAACUUUUGCCCAAAAGCUUUACCAGACCUUCAAAAACCAUAAAAGGUUUAGCAAGCCUAAAUUAUCACGUAGUGACUUUACAAUUUGCCAUUAUGCUGGAGAUGUCACUUAUCAAACUGAAUUUUUCCUCGACAAGAACAAAGAUUAUGUUGUUGCAGAGCACCAGGCACUUCUUUAUGCUUCAAAAUGCCCCAUUGUAUCAGGUUUAUUUCCUCCUUCUCCCGAGGAAUCUUCAAAACAAUCAAAGUUCUCUUCCAUUGGCUCACGAUUUAAG